CAGUUGAUUCGGUACCCUAUAUAAUCAAGCUAUAGCAUUUGGCUUGUGUAUCGAACUAGAUGGAGGAAUAUCAGAAUCCAAGAAAGAUGAGUGCUAGUGAUGAAUUUACAGUCGAAGACAUUUCCACUACAAUCGACGCCCCCUCCGAUGAUCAAAUAUUCCGCGUGGAUGAAGAUCAAGGGGAACACCAUGAUCAUCAUGUUGAUGGUCAUGAUAGUGCGGUCGCGGCGCAGGCACCUCCAAUGCAGUCAUCAUCCUCAGAGGGACAGGGACAGGGAGAGGGCAGUGCAUUUAGUUCGCCAUCCAUGUCAAAAAAGCCCCUUCUGCUCUCUAUAGUGCCUUCAAACGUUGCUGCCCGUAGAGCUACCCCAUGGAUGUCUCGCACUCCCAACUUCCUCACACCUCUUGGUAGCCCCAUUCGAAGGGCCAUCCGACUUACCAAGCUCGACCCUCAGGACGCUUGGCUCCCCAUCACCGAGUCAAGGAAUGGCAAUGCCUACUAUGCUGCCUUCCAUACCCUUUGCUCUGGAAUUGGAAUGCAAGCCCUUGUGCUCCCCGUCUCCUUCACCGUUCUUGGCUGGACAUGGGGGACCAUAUGCUUGACAGUGGCGUUCAUAUGGCAGCUAUACACCCUAUGGCUUUUGGUAAUGCUUCAUGAAUCCACUGAAACUGGGAUGCGUUACAGCAGAUAUCUUCAACUCUUCCGCGCUACCUUCGGUGACAAAAUGGCCAAGAUCUUCGCUAUCUUCCCCAUCUAUUACCUUUCGGGCGGCACCUGUGUCGCCUUGAUUAUCGUUGGCGGCUCCAGCAUGAAGCUCUUCUUCGAAAUCGUGUGUGGCCACGAAUGCACCGCCAAGCCACUCACCACCGUCGAGUGGUAUUUGGUCUUUACCAGCGCCGCCGUUCUUCUGUCUCAGCUCCCCAAUUUGAACUCCAUUGCAGGUGUCUCUCUGAUUGGUGCCAUCACUGCCAUUGGCUAUUGUACCAUUAUGUGGCUCGUCGCGGUCACGGAGGGCAGGCUGGACGGCGUUUCUUACGAUCCAAAAAGAGAAAACAGCAACACCGCUAUGAUUUUCAGUGUCCUCAAUUCUCUUGGCAUUAUUGCUUUCGCUUUCAAAGGCCACAAUCUUAUCCUUGAAAUUCAGGCAACUAUGCCUUCAAGUGAGAAGAAACCAUCUCAUGUGCCAAUGUGGAGAGGGGUAAAAGUUGCCUAUCUAAUGGUCGCAAUGUGCUUGUUUCCCUUAGCAAUUGGAGGAUAUUGGGCCUACGGACACAUGAUACCGCCAAAUGGAGGGAUGCUAACUGCAAUAUAUCAGUACCAUGGACGUGACACUUCACAGUGGGUUCUGUCAUUAACGAGCUUAUUUGUGGUAAUCAAUGCGGUUAGCUCAUUCCAAAUCUUUGGCAUGCCCAUGUUUGACGAUAUGGAAUCCAAAUACAUCAAACGCAUGAACAAGCCGUGCCCGUGGUGGCUCCGCUCGAUAUCCCGAGCCAUGUUCGGGUACGGCUGCUUCUUCGUAGCAGUGGCGAUUCCAUUCUUGGGAAGCUUUGCCGGUCUCAUAGGAGGGAUUUCCAUCCCGAUUACCUUUGUCUAUCCUUCCUUGCUUUGGUUGAAAAUUAAGAAGCCCAAGAAAUAUAGCAUUAUGUGGUGCCUCAAUUGGGGACUCGGACUUUUGGGCACAGCUCUCUGUAUAAUACUCAUAGCUGCUGGAGUUUAUGUUGUCAUUGACACCGGGAUUCAAGUGAGCUUUUUUAAGCCUCAAUAGUAUUGGGAACGUACGUAUUUCAGAUAUGUAUGUAUGUAUGUAUGUAUGUUCUUUGACACUCAAUAAAUCGUUUUUCAUUUC